AUGAAAGUCUUCCUCUAUAUCUCUUCAGUCAAACAGUCCAUGGAACUGAAUAAAAAGUUAGAAUUUGUUAAUAAGCAUCACCUCUGCCAGAUCGAAGAAUACAAGUCAGACAUUGCUAGAUUAAAACAGGAGAACAUUGACCUGAAAGUUUUGAUUGAAAUACAGCCUCAAGACUUUGAUCAGAGACUUACUGUGAAGACGCGAGAGAUCGAGAAACUGAAACAGCAGUUAAGAAAGAAAGAAGAAGAGAGUGAAAAGUUCUUGAGACAAAAUGAAGAAUUAAAAGAAGAAAAACAGGCCUUAAUCAAGUCCCUUGACAGCUCCCACCGACUGGUCGACCAGCAAGUCCAGUGCAACGAGCAGAAUAUUGCGGACAUCGAACGUUUCGAGGGCGAGCUAAAGACCCUAACUGACAAAUACAAGAUUCUGACGGAGAAAUAUGAUACUAAGGCAGCGGAUUAUGAUAAAGAGUGUUCAGACCACCAGGAGGCACUUACUGAAUGGAAGACACGGGAGGAUUCCCUGUCGAGUCGACUCCGAUCUUUACAACAAGAUCACGAAGCUUUGAUAAAAGUGCAUGGUGAUUUGGAGGACCUCAACUCAUCCUGGGCCCAGAUGAACAUGAAGUUAUUAGAGGAUAUCAAAGCUUUGAGGGAGAAGUACGAAAAGGAGAUGACAGAUCAGUCUGUACAGACUGAAGAAAACGUCGAGGCUGCUGCUACGCAGACUGAGGAGGAUGUGAUAGGUCGGAUAACAGACUUGGAGAAGACAAUCCUGAUGAAGGACAAGAACAUCCAAAGCCUGAAAGACAAGGUGGAUUUCUUCGAGGAGAUCGCAAAGGAGGCGGGACAUCUGAAAGAAAUCAUCGAAGAAUUGAGGGCCGAUGUGAAGAAAGCAGAGAUCAUUGAGUUAUCCAAAGUGAAAAGUGAAGUUGAUCAAGUCACACAAACAGAAGGCACAAUUACCAUCGAGGAAUCUGUGCAAACCAGUCAAGAUUUUGUUGCAAAGACUAAUACAGCCUCAACAAAUAAUGUGGACAAAUCAAAUGAGGGCAAUGUAGGGUCACCAAUGGUUCCCCUUCUUGACGAUUCUGAUGACAAGGUCGUCAAAGUUGUUGCCGAGCUAUCAAGCGCAAGCUCUCAAGUCAUCACAGAAUCAGCUGAUAUCAUGGUGAAAAACCAGUGUCCGCUCAACUCAUUUGAAGAGUCAAAAACUUUUAACCUGGAUACCGAUUGUAACCUGGAACUCCUGAACAAAGCUGUUGAAACUAUUGAAGACAGCGAAACGGUUUUUGAACAUUCUGAGACUCAAAAUAUUGAGAGAAAUUCAGGUAACAAACACAAGAGAAAGAUGAAUAAAGACCCAAUGAAAGACGACCAAAAAGUUGUUGAUUCAGAUACAAAAUCACCAAAAGUUGCCACGGAAACUUCAGAAUCCAAAUCUCAAAAACUAGGAACAGAAUCUCGAGUGAAGUAUCUCGCAAGCAUGAUACAGCUAAACCUCCAUGAAAAAGAUGAGACCUUUAAAUCGCAAGAGUUGAACGAAGCGCUGCAUUCACGCCUCCGGAAAAAAGUGGCGCUGCUGAAGGGAGAGACAGAGAAGGACUCUGCGUUGAAGUCGUUGUCCGCUUUGUCCAACAAAGCUCCGCGGAUCAAUUCACCGAGAAAUCGUUUUCGAUGUUUGGGCGUUUCUGGCGAUUCUUUGAGUACAGCAAAACCUGGGGGUUCUUCACCAAAAACUAGAAGCAAUGGUCCAUCUCUUGCACUUUCUAGCAGCUUGAAUAGUCCUCUCACCGCUAACUCAAGACUUGGGGCCCUGCGGCCAACUUUGGUAACAACUGUUACCAAAUCGCUCGCAAAACCUGAACCGAUCUACGCAAAUGCUCAACAAGGUUUGAAAUCGCCUCCCGUGGCAUUGUCUCCCGUGAUUGUCUCCCCCUCCAUUGUUGUUGGCAGUAAGGACAACAGUGCGUUUAGUAGCGUCAGUCAAAAUACGCAAACGCCUGCAGUACCUGCUACGGAAUCUCCAAAAGUUGGCUCAAGUAUCAGAACGGGGAUGGGAAAUCUACAAAGUCCGAGCCUGAGGUUGUUGUUGUCUACAUCAGAACAUUCUGACGUUGGGAAGAGGAAGUGUAUGGAACUGGACGCUGGUGAUGCUGCAGAUUUGAAUGGAAAGGGGCAGCCACUUGUAGGCAGAGAUGGCGAGGAAGAAGAUGAACCAAAGGCCGGUACAAGCGGGAUAUUGUUAGGUAGGCCAUUGAUUGAUUUAAUGUUAAGAACGUACUUCUAG